UAAUAAUGGCCGUAAGCUUAAAAUAGAUCCAGGGAGGAGCUCAUUAACGUGAACAUAGAAAGCAGUUCCGCACCUCUGGGCUUACUCCUUUUAGAAAUUGCUUUGGCCCAUUUUUACUUCCUUUUAUUCGACACACCAGAAAAUAAAAGACUUUUACCAACAUUUUUACCGCAUUUGACGAUGAACUAAUUUAGACCGGCUAAAAUAAUUGUUCCACUGGGACACAGGAAUUCAACCUCAGUUCAGAAAAUCCCUGACAUCUGACGUAGGAGGAUUUAUAGGUUUAGUGGAAAUUGCUUUCUCCUGCUCUCCAGAUUGCAUCCUGUGGGUUGAUUUUUUUUGCAUGAGUAAACAUCCUUCUAAUAAUGAACGGACCAAUAAUGUCUUAAGAGAGAAAAAGAACAACCUUUUCCUUUUUGCUCUUUCGGGAGAGAGGUGUUUGAAUUUGGAAACCCAUGUUGGCUGUCCCAAAUAUGAAAUUUGGCAUCUUUCUUUUGUGGUGGGGAUGGGUUUUGGCCACUGAAAGCAGAGUGCACUGGCCCGGAAGAGAAGUCCACGAGAUGUCUAAGAAAGGCAGCCCAAUUCUGAGACGAAGCCCUGACAUCACCAAAUCGCCUCUGACAAAGUCAGAACAGCUUCUGAGGAUAGAUGACCAUGAUUUCAGCAUGAGGCCUGGCUUCGGAGGCCCUGCCAUUCCUGUUGGUGUGGAUGUGCAGGUGGAGAGUUUGGAUAGCAUCUCAGAGGUUGACAUGGACUUUACAAUGACCCUCUACCUGAGGCACUACUGGAAGGACGAGAGGCUGUCUUUUCCAAGCACCAACAACCUCAGCAUGACAUUUGAUGGCCGGCUGGUCAAGAAGAUCUGGGUCCCUGACAUGUUUUUCGUUCACUCCAAACGCUCCUUCAUCCACGACACCACCACAGACAACGUCAUGUUGCGGGUCCAGCCCGAUGGGAAAGUGCUCUACAGUCUCAGGGUUACAGUAACUGCUAUGUGCAACAUGGACUUCAGCCGAUUUCCCUUGGACACACAAACGUGCUCUCUUGAAAUUGAAAGCUAUGCCUAUACAGAAGAUGACCUCAUGCUGUACUGGAAAAAAGGCAACGACUCCUUAAAGACAGAUGAACGGAUCUCACUCUCCCAGUUCCUCAUUCAAGAAUUCCAUACCACCACCAAGCUGGCUUUCUACAGCAGCACAGGCUGGUACAACCGUCUGUACAUUAAUUUCACAUUGCGUCGCCACAUCUUCUUCUUCUUGCUCCAAACUUAUUUCCCCGCUACGCUGAUGGUCAUGCUGUCCUGGGUGUCCUUCUGGAUCGACCGCAGAGCCGUGCCUGCCAGAGUCCCCUUAGGUAUCACGACGGUGCUGACCAUGUCCACCAUCAUCACGGGUGUGAAUGCCUCCAUGCCGCGCGUCUCCUACAUCAAGGCCGUGGACAUCUACCUCUGGGUCAGCUUUGUGUUCGUGUUCCUCUCGGUGCUGGAGUAUGCGGCCGUCAACUACCUGACCACUGUGCAGGAGAGGAAGGAACAGAAGCUGCGGGAGAAGCUUCCCUGCACCAGUGGAUUACCUCCGCCCCGCACUGUGAUGCUGGAUGGCAACUACAGUGAUGGGGAGGUGAACGACCUGGACAACUACAUGCCAGAGAAUGGAGAGAAGCCCGACAGGAUGAUGGUGCAGCUGACCCUGGCCUCAGAGAGGAGCUCCCCACAGAGGAAAAGUCAGAGAAGCAGCUAUGUGAGCAUGAGAAUCGACACCCACGCCAUUGAUAAAUACUCCAGGAUCAUCUUUCCAGCGGCAUACAUUUUAUUCAAUUUAAUAUACUGGUCUAUUUUCUCCUAGAUGCUUGUAAUUCUAUAAAUUUCACAUUUCCAUGGCAUGCAUUACAGAAAUAACUGUAUAAUGAAAAAGUAUUUAAGGAUAUGGUUUAAAAAAAAAUCCCAGGACCCACCCAUGUUUUCACUAUCCCUUCUGCAGCUUUCCAAAGCUACAUUGACAAGACACUUACUGGUUUAAUUUGCACACUUAUUAACCAUCUAUUGAAUACACAGCAUUAUAUUAGGUGCUGCAGGGAAAUACGACACUGUAGCGACUGAUGUUAGUUGUUACCCAGAUCCCCUGGAAAAGCACACUACCAGUGUUGUGGGCACAUUUAGUUCCACCCGUUAGACCCUUGAUGCUAUUCACAUGAAUAUUUUCCUCGAGUGUCAUUACAUUCUUCAGGCUACGUGAACUUGGAAGCACCUACAGGCCAUUUGCAUGAAAUUCACAUGCACCUAAAUCCUCACUUUGACAGAAACUCAUGCUUCAGUUUAUAACCUAUUACCUAUUUUGUAUGCAACUCCACCUCCACAUGUUUAUUUUAAUAAAAGGCAAUGAUAAUAUUCACAUUAUUUUUCUUGAUAUGCUGUGGUUCACAGGUUUUACCCCUUCACAAGAAAAGCUCUUUAGCUUGGCGCAAUUGCUUCUGAUUUUGGUGAAAUUUUCCCUGGUAGGGAAACUUUGAAGAUAAGAGUACACACAUGCAUUUUGUCUGUUGUGUCAUAGAGGUAACUAGGCUAGAAAAUUUGUGUUUAAAUGUUCCCUAUUUUAUAUACUCACCACUUCAUGUAUCUUCUUCUUGGAGCACGUCCUUGUUCAAAGAGAAGUCCUUUCUCAGUGAUGUGAUAUCUUCACUGAGGAACUUGGGUAGAGAAUGAUUUCUUCUGCAUAAACAUUUCAAGGAAAUACAUAAUUUGGGACUACUUGUAACUCGUUAGAAUGAGAAAUACUCACAUGGUUUCUUAAGAGAAAAAGAACAUCAGAAAGCAAAAUAAAUGGGAAGACAUCACUGGACAUCUGCAUUUAUACUCGAAAUACCAGCAUUUUCUAUGGACCAGAAAACUGGCAUCACGUAGACCACACAGCCCAGAUACCAGGCAGAAGGAUGGCCCAAUGGCAACUGAUGUCAGGGCAUGGGGUAAAGGAGAGGGUUCUAAUUUGAUGUAUCAUUUAAAAACAGUUAUUUAUAUUAUAUAUCUACUAUAUAGAUCAACCCCCACCAAACUUACCCAAACAGCAUUUGUUUUAUUUGAAACUCACUUUAAUAAAGUGAAUUAUAUACACAA